GCCGAAUGUCACAACAAAUUUGGCAGAUCGUUGGCUAUGAGCUUCCGCUUAUAGCCAAGACAGACAGCACAGCGGGAAAGGGCAUAGCUCAAAGGAAGGGUGUGGGAAAACUGAAACACCUGGAGCUAAGGGAGCUUUGGCUGCAAAGCUACGUGCAGGACGGAAAAGUCCAAAUCCGAAAGGAGCCAACUGCCACGAACGUGGCAGACUUGGGGACGAAGGCCCUGAAUGGGCCGAGGAUCCAGGAGCUGACCAGGAUGCUGCCUCUCCGAAGGGGCUUCAUGGCAGCGAUUCUGGCAGCGUGUGUGAGGACGGCUGAGGCGCAACCUCAAGAAGUGGAAGGCGGCUUUGAUGGCGGUUACAACAAGGAGCUCGUCGACACAGACGGCAAGCUCGGCGCAG